CAACGCAGCACGCAAUUGCCUUUUGGAUGCGCUGCGUGGAUUCAAAGUGGCUGUAACUUAUCUCAGUAAUCAUCAGGAAAAGUUCCCGAUGCCAGUCUUCCAAGGGCUCAGUGAAUUAAUAAAAACCAGAUAGCCGCGCAGACGAGGCUGAGAGGCAACGAUAAAAGUUGUCGUAAUUAUUAAUAAUACGUAACCCUAGAUCACUCCUCUGAUAGAUAUGGAUGUUUGCAGCAGGUGCAAUUUAGUUUGGUUUCACCCAAAACAAAAAUGGUCUCCGUCGGAGUCAAUGGCUUUUCCUGUGCGGACCAAUCAGAAUCUCGAAUACAAGGCACGGGUCCCACACUUCCGCCCGGUCUUCCUGGUCUCUUCAACGGCUCCGCUGCGCCUCCGACUCGGACUGGCUUCUGCGGCCGGGACGGCGAGGGUCGGGGGCGGCGGGCGGCGGGCGGGAUGAACGCGGUGUGCGGCGGAGCGGCGCGGACGCUGCGGGUGCCGGGCCGUCACGGCUACGCCGCCGAGUUCUCCCCGUACCUGCCGGGCCGCCUGGCCUGCGCCGCCGCACAGCACUACGGCAUAGCGGGCUGUGGAACCCUACUAAUAUUGGAUCCAAAUGAAUCUGGGCUAAGGCUUUUUAGAAGCUUUGACUGGAGUGAUGGUUUGUUCGAUGUGACCUGGAGUGAGAACAAUGAACAUGUCCUCGUCACCUGCAGUGGCGAUGGCUCGCUACAGCUCUGGGACACAGCCAGAGCUGCGGGGCCACUGCAGGUCUAUAAGGAACACACUCAGGAGGUGUAUAGUGUUGAUUGGAGCCAAACCAGAGGUGAGCAGCUUGUGGUGUCUGGCUCAUGGGAUCGAACUGUCAAAUUGUGGGAUCCAACUGUUGGAAAGUCUCUGUGCACCUUUAGAGGCCAUGAAAAUGUCAUUUAUAGCACAAUCUGGUCUCCCCACAUCCCUGGUUGUUUUGCUUCAGCCUCAGGUGAUCAGACUCUGAGAAUAUGGGAUGUGAAAGCAGCAGGAGUCAGAAUCGUGAUUCCAGCACAUCAGGCAGAAAUCUUGAGUUGUGACUGGUGUAAAUACAAUGAGAAUUUGCUGGUGACAGGGGCAGUUGAUUGCAGUUUGAGAGGCUGGGACUUAAGGAAUGUACGGCAACCAGUGUUUGAACUUCUUGGUCAUACCUAUGCUGUUAGGAGGGUGAAAUUUUCCCCAUUUCAUGCUUCUGUGCUGGCCUCUUGCUCGUAUGAUUUUACUGUAAGAUUCUGGAACUUUUCAAAGCCUGACCCUCUACUUGAAACAGUAGAGCAUCAUACAGAGUUUACUUGUGGUUUAGACUUCAGUCUUCAGAGCCCCACUCAGGUGGCUGACUGUUCUUGGGAUGAAACGAUAAAGAUAUAUGACCCUGCUUGUCUUACUAUUCCUGCUUGAGAUACACGACUCUGGUUAGAAACAGAGGAUGUUGGCUGAAGAACCGCUUAACAGGGAAUAAAUUAACUAUGGAAAACAUAGGCAUUAUGCUUUUAUGUGUAGUUCAGAUUUCAAAUAUUUCAAAUUUACCCUGGAAUCAGUUUUGAGGGAGCUGAUAUGGACUUUGGCUCACUCAUUAAGCCUGAUACAUAAGCCAUAUUUCCUAAAAUUCUAAGGAAUAAUUAAUGUUAUGGUAUAUCUUGUAAUAUCUAUUAAAAUGUCUCUGCAUCAUAAAUGGAUUAAAAUAUGGGAGAUCAGUAGAUUAUACUUAUAUAGAUAGUGAUAUGUUUUAUUUUUAAUUUAUGUCAUUUUUGAUGUAAAAUAUAAUCACUGCUAUGGAUGAAAAUAAAAAUAAAGCAUAUCUGUUGAUCAUUUAUCCUUUUA